CCGGAAAUGAGGCGCCGUCUAGCGUAAUUUUCUCGGAAAUACGCGAAACUCACAAAGGACUAAAUGGGGCAAAUUUAUCACAUAUUUCUCAGAGCUAUGGCCCCAUAAGUGUAAGUCCUCCGCGUUUGUGAGUUGCACGCUUUUAGCCCCUGCAAGAAGAUGAACGAUGCUGACCUGGUCUCGAGUGCAUACGCUGGCUACGCAGGGAACUUGGCAGGGAUUUCAGCAGGGGAAAGUCAGGGUCUUAUAGAACAACUACAGUCACUGCUGAAGUCUAAUGGUGUCCAUGGUGGUCGCAAAAUGUCCACUGACCAGAUUUCAUUUCAGUCUAUGGAUACCAGUAAUGACAGAGACGAUGGGGUUCGCCCGAGCUGUCGGUUUUGUGGGAAAACAUUCGCCCAGGCCAGCUAUAUAAAGGCACAUGAACGGUUACACACAGGAGAGAAGCCCUACGUUUGUUCAGUUUGCAAUAAAGCAUUCAGCGAUGCAAGCAACUGGAAGAAACAUGAGCGAAUGCACUCCCGACAGAUACAAGGCACAUUUGAAGACGGCAUUGUCUCCGUAGUUACAAGUUGCCCGCCCACUCCGGAGCCACUCACUCCGGCAACUCCACACUCUCCAACCGUCGUCUCAGCACCAGGCAACCAGACUUCGUCAUCUUCAGUUACCAUGGCAACCAUGUCAUUUUCACCGUCCCCUAUUUCCGGUUUGAUGUCCCCGAUAAACAUUGGAAUGAACUCACAUCUCUCCACAUCCUUUGCGAGUGGUUUGUCUCAGCUGGCUGCAGUUUCUUCGGGUUCACCGGUUUUGCCGAGCUUUUCUGCUGAGUCUUCCCAGGCUAACAACCUCUUGUCCCAGGCACCAGUAUUCUACCAUUUCUUUCCAGGCUUAAACUCCUCCUCGCUCUCCCAGCACUCGGAGGACAGUAACGACCUUUCCCCGCCCGCCGCGAAACGUAACAAAGACGACUCGCUGAGCUGCAACCUGUGCUCCAAGACGUUUUCCACGCCUGCAUCACUCUCCAUGCACAAGAAGAUUCACUCGGGGGAGAAGCCACAUAUGUGUGGCACCUGCGGCAAGUCGUUUACGCAGAUCGGCACUCUGCGGGCGCACGAGAGAGUACAUACCGGGGAGAAACCAUACGAGUGCACUAUAUGCGGGAAAACGUUCGCGCAGUGCGGCAGCUUCCGAAUGCACGAAAGACGUCACCACAGAGAUAUGUUGGAAAACUUUCAGAAAUGUUUUAUAUGUGGAGCCAGCUUUGGCAGUCUCGAAGAUCUACAAAAACACAUGAUGUGUCACCCAGGGGCACUUAAUUUGAACCUGCCUGGCCUACACCCAGGGCACCUGGGGUUUCCAGGCCCUUUACCCAUGGGGAUGGGUUUCCCGCCCGAUUUUGAUACUAUGAAUAGCAUCAAAGCGGAAAUGAAACCGGAUGUCUCGGAAAUGUCCGAAAUUGAAAGAGCAUUUAAUCUCUUCACAUCGCAGCCUAAAUCCGCGCCAGUUGCCGUCUCAAUUGCUGAACACUUUCAGUUGCCGCCCUUUGCGUCUACCGCCCAUGCCCUUAUUCAGCGUUCACUGUCCCAGGGCAAUGAUCCUAAUACUGCUGUAUCGAUGCUGCUGGCCUCAAAUGGGGGAGAUAACCUGACUGGUUUGAACCUGCUUGGGCAGCCAUUUAGUCGUCCAGGAGUUUUCUCCCCUGCAAAAUUACCCAUAAUGCCCCCAGAAAGACCCCAGUCCAUCACAGUAAGUGAGGCAUUUAAAGAAGAAGUUGAACCAGUCAGCACUACAACACGAAGUAGAAAGUAUUCAUCAGACUCUCACACGUCCAUGUCGCUACCAGACGGGCAACAAAAUGACGGGAAAGAGAAGGGAUCAAAUGACGAUGAUAAUGAUAACUAUAAUGAUGGAGAAAACGAUGGUCCCAGUCAGAAAAUGCCGUCAGAAGGUGAAGAGUCAAGUCUCACAGAGUCACGAUCUACGGAAGAUUUUCAGUCAGAUGAUGCCCAGAAUAACGGCAUUUCAGGAGGGAUUAGUCGGAGAAACUUAAACAAGAGAAUGAUCACAUCGUCAAAUAUGCGAAAGCAAAGACGACCAAUGAGAAGACUGAGCACAACCGCAAUAACAGACCAGACUGCCUACCAGCAAAGGUACAAUGAAAAUGGAGAAGAAAUAAAUGAGGAAGAACUUACCAAAGAUCAGCUGAUGGUAUCUUUUCUCUUGUCAAAAGGCGAAGUGUACAAAUGUGAGCAUUGCCACAUAAUCUUCGAAGAUUGUACCCUAUAUCUGCUACACAAUGGCUUUCAUGCCAAUGAUAGGGAUCCCUUCAAGUGCGUCAUCUGCAAAAAGUCCUGCGAGGGGAGAGUCGAGUUCAAUUGCCAUCUAACCAGCCAUAUAAAGUCAUAGACCAAUAUGUUUGGUAUGGUCAGAUGAGCAUUAGGGCAGUGGUUUUUUAAGAAAGGAGCUUUUGGGGGAAUGAAUAAGUUUGUAAAUUGAGUGUUGGAGUGUGGUAAUGAACAACUUUCAUAUUGAUACAGGAAAGCAAUAAGGUGAAAUGCAAUGUUUUUGUUACGUUCUUCACUUAAAAGUGAUGUAAAACUUCGCUUUUCGUAAGAUCUAAUCUUACUUCAAAGAAAUUCAUAACGCUUUCAGCUUUGGAAGAAUUUCUGUUUUUGAAAAAAAAUUAUUGAUACUGUAUUGAAAGAGUUAUUUUGAAGCAUUUAGAAAGGUUAGUAAAGGUGUGAUUUUUAUUCAUACAAUUUUUUUUUUUUCUGAAAUUUCUAUGAGGGUCCAAGAGUGAAAUUUUGUUUACUUUUGAAGCAAAUCUAUGUUAUAUUCAUGGUCCAAAGUUUUUACUUUCAAUGGUAUAGUUAUAAACUAUACUUGUAUAUUUAUUUUUUUCAUGCCAUUACUUUGUCUAAAUGACAUCAUUUGUGUUAUGUAUCGACAACUUUAGCCAUAUGAUAUAUACUGCUGAGCUGAGGCUUGAUAAUAAUCAGGCUAUUUAUUUAUUGUAUUGUGUGUUAUUUACAAAUUUAGGCAACAUGGCUUCUAGAUUGUAGAUAAUGCAGCGUAGAAUGUUUUUUUUAUAAUUCCUGUAGAUUACUUCAAUUUUGUGAGGCUUGUAUUUUCGCCAAUAUUUCCGAUUCCAUCAAAUCGUGAAUUCUAAUUUUCCGAAAGAAAAAAAAAAUUAAAUUGUAUAUGGAAUCGGUUUUAUAUAUAAUGGCAUAGAGAUGGCAUAAACGAUUCAGAAGUUUCAAUAACACAAAAAUCACAAGAAAAAAAGCCUCUCAUUGUUGAAGUGGUUUACAGUGUAGAAAUAAUUAAAUCUAAAAUUUAAGGAUAUUUUGCUUAAAAAGUUGUGAAAAUAUUUCUUCAGUUUUAUCAGGGUAAUAUAUGAUUGUGAAAUUUGGAGUAUUAUGUAGAUUGUAAAGCUAGUAUGCCAGUUUUAACCAUAUAAUUGGUGCACUGUUGGUGUUUGUAAGUUAUUAGAAUUUGCAGAUAAUUGUUCAGUAGAUAAUGUGCUAGGCUCAGUGUAAUACAGGGAAAAUAGGAAACUAAUUCAUAUUAUUGUCAGUAUUUCUCCAGUUAAUCUGGUGUGAAUAACUUUGUACUAUAUGUGGUAAAAUUUGGUAUAUGAAAAGACAGACACACAUCCUGUGACAGAUAAAAUAAAAACAGCAAAUUCUAGAAGAAAAAUGACAACAGCAACAACAGCAACAACAGAUGAAAGAAAGAGUUGGGAUACUACGUUGAACAUCUGUGAGAUCAUCAAUACACCAGCAUUUAUUAUAACUGGUUGGUAAUAUGAAAGACUGAAAUAUUUACUUGUUAAGUAUACUUACAAUUAGAUCUGCAAAAUCUUUAGAUACAGCAAUUUGCCAAAGACAGCUCUGCAUAUGUUGGUAUUAUCUUUUAAAAAAGAAGUUGUUUGUGUUUGACUGAUGUCAAUCAUGUGAUAAACAUUUGACUAUACUGCUGUUAAACUUAAAGCUGACCACACUUUAUGAUUGUAUGGCAUAUCUACAUAUACAUAAAUGAUACAAUAUCUGCCCAUUUUCCGAACUAAAUAUCUCUUAUUUUUAUAUCUACUGGUUUUCCACUCAUAAUGCACUCUGUGUACUGUAACGUAUUUAUUUUCAAAAAAAUGGCCAUGAUAGUUCAUCAUUUUCUUCAAAUGUGAAAUUAUUUUUCACUAUAUUUCAUACAAUAGUGUUCAUUUUAUCGUUUCUGUUUCUUCUACUUUCUUGGAAUGUGAUCUUCAGUUGUGUUCAAAAUUUUCAGUGAUUUGAUGGGAAUAAUGCAUCCCGUUUGUAAAUUUUACUAACCAAUUUAAAAAUAAAAGGUAGAAAAUAAUUUAACACCAGUAUCCAAACAAAUUCAAGAAGUCUUAAGACUUUAAUCUAGUUAAACGAUUCUCUUUCUGAGAUAGCUUCCUCCUGUUCAAGAUUGUAUUUAACAAACCAGACGUAUUUUUAGCCAUCUAUAGUUUUAUAUACAAUAUCCUGUUCAGCAUUAUUAUUUAAACAUUUACAUAUACUGCAAAGAUUUAAGCUUUAGUGCCAUAGAAUUGUUUUUCUCUUGUUGCCAUUAUUACAAAAAGUUUUAAAGUUGCCAUACUUACAAAAAGUUGAAAUGUUGCUAUAGUUACCAAAAAAAAUUGUUUUGCCAUAAUGACCAAAAUAAAAUGUUCGCCAUAAUGACCUAAGGUUAAUGUGCCAUAAUAUAUAAAUGUGCUAAAAGGCGCUUAUAUGUUUAUAUUAUAUUGUUUGCGAUCAAGUUUGACUUUUGGAAUAUGUUAUGUAAUAUCUGCUAAUUGCAUGUAAAACAGUCAAAAGGCGAUAUAAACCAGUCUGAUAAUGAUUAAACUGCUGUUACUAAGAUUACUAAGUGCAGCCUACUAAUUAUGUAAAAAAAAUCUUGGUGUAUUUUCUACAAAAAACUGUCUUUAACCAAGGUUUAGUCAGUAAGAAUUUCAAACACACAACUUUUUUUCCAAUGUUAUGUUUGCUAAUGAUAUACAUUUUGUGCUCUUAAAGUUAUGCACCAUUUUGAAUGUUUUCAACCAAGGACAAGAACUGUGACAUCUGCUGUAUGAUCUCAACAUUUAUAAGUGUCUGUGUUUCAACAAUAAUAUGUUCCGCAUACCCUGUUUACUGUACACACUUCUUAAAACAUAACCUGCCCUCUUUUCCCAUAAACCAAAACAGAAAUAGCCUUAAUGCCUGUUUUCUGGACAAUGCAAUGUGCAGGACACACAACACAAUAUUUAACAGUAAAGUUUUUUUAAUAUCAUAUGACAUUUUUAUGCUUUUAUCCAUGGUUUUAGUGUUUUAUUUUAUUUAUACAGCUAAUGGUUGAUUAAUUGAUUGAUUGAUUGAUUAAUUGAUUGAUUGAUAUCAAUCAUUGAUUGUUUUGUUGGCUGACAAGUGAUUUUUCCUAAAACCGAUAUGUUUUUGUUUUGUUAAAAAUUUUCUAUGACUAAUAAUUGUGUAGUCUUUUACAAAGAUCUGAUCAACAUAAGUGUUAUACACCAUAAUGGCAAUUACGUAUUGGAUGUUAUUUUCCAUGACUUAUAAAUUAAUCUGUGUACUUUUAUUUAAUGUUUGUAAGAAACUGUUUUCUUUCAAGAUUAUCUGCUUUUAAAGUGUUAUUACUUUUAAUAUGAAUUUGGUGCUUAUGACUUUCUUUAUAUGGUUGAAUAUGCAUGGUUCUUUACAUUAUGUUUGUUUUAUUUUGUUGUUUUGAAAUAAUGGUGCAAUCUUUGCUUUUAAAACCACUUUUAAUUCUAAUUGUUAGUAUAUAAACCAGCCAGCUAAAGUGCUUUUAUAUUCACAUCAUGUUUUUUGUCUGUUUAUUCAGAAUUAUGCCUUUUCUCGGAUAAAAUACCAAACCAAGUUACAGAAAUAUCGAUGGCCCUACUUCAAAAUGCUGAAGCUGUAUUUGUUCUGUUUUGAAAUUUUGAUAAAGGCAAUUAGAAAAUAGUGUUGCAUCAUGUGAUCAAAAUGUCGAGCAAUGAUUGGACAUCUCACAGAGAAACAAAAAUGCCGAACCUUCAGAAAUGGUAACUACAAAAAUUGUAACUAUGGCAAAGAAACGUGUGAUCAAAUUACCAAGAUUAAAUACUUAAAAUGUUGCGACUGAAAACAUGUGAUUUUGUAGCUUCGACAUUUGGAAGUGAGGCCUUUGAUAUAUAUAGUAUAUAAAAAAUGGUGCAUUAUGAUUUAACUAAAUCUUGGGUUAGUUAAUGGGAAAUAUUAUUUAUAAAAAAAAAUGUUUAUUUAUAAGACAAAGGAAUCGUGAUCAAAACUGGUUGUUAUUUUUAACAUGUUUGUUUUAAAAUGAAGACAAAGUUCUUUUUAGCUUGUAUGUUUUUUUCACUGAAAAGAAGUUGAGGUAUUGUCAAAGAAUUGGUGUCGUUUUAGGUGUUGUUGUGACAAAAAACAUAACAUUGGUCAUGGCUCUGAAAACCUUCAAGAUUUACAAAUGAAACUUAGUACCCAUGUUUCCAGAGACUCAUAUAUGGCAAGACCGAUUUAUCCUACUUAAAAAACUAUCGGGUUAUGCCCAUUUCUUGAUUAGAAAAUAACAGAAGAGCUUUGGUGUUUGCUGAGGGCCACUCUUAUUUUAAAUAUCUAUAAUUAGCAAUAUUAAGGCUUGUGUUGUUUUGUAUAUAGCAUUUAUGCUGGUGCAUUAACUAUUAUAGCAUAUAACCGCCGUCCCGAUAGAAAUGUCUCAUUUAUGUGUGAAAUAUUUUUUAUAAAUCCUGUUUUAAAAUGUACAGAAUGGCACAUCUUUGUUAAGAUCUUUUUUAUCCAUUUUUGUUUUGAUACAAUUUGCUGGAAUUUGUCUGGUUUUAUAAACUGUUGAGAUAUAAUUCAAGCCUUCUUGUACUUCGGCUUUUUUUAAUACUUGUCUAAAAAUACUAAUUGAUAAGCAAUUUAUUUGAUGUGUAUACUCUUUAAUUCAAACUAUUAUUAUUUAAAUUAUUGUUAACAAAAAUAAGUAAUAUUUUCUGAGUUUACAUAUAAGUCUCAUGUUUUAAAGGAAUAUUUCCAGUUAAAAAAAAUCUCUGACUGUGACUAUAAGUAUAUAUCGUAUUAUAUUCUAAUUAGGAUUUAACAAUGAUCAAGUAUUGUUGAAAAUCAAACUUAUACAAUUAUCGUUUUGUGACAGUAUUUUCUAAAAAUAGACACAUACAAUUUAAGUUAAAGCACUUUAUAAACUUUUUAGUUUGAUUACAUUAUUGAAAAAUUGAAAUUGCUUUACCAAAUUUUUCCAAUGUUCAGUAAUGAUUUUUAGACUGGUUUUCAAUCCCGGAUUCUUUUGUUAUGCUAUCUUUCAUCACCAAAAGCAAAUCAUAUUAACUGCCUCAAAAUGUUAAAGGAGUUGAAACAGUUUUGCUUGUAGUACUCAGAAAUCAUUUAUCUACUUGUUAGGGGCCAAAGAUUCUGAAUUGUGUGUUUCUUGAAGUGUGUUCAUUGGCAUAUCAAAUAAUUUGCAAAACAUUUUAACAUAGAGGAAAAACAUCAAUAUUUUUCUAUUCUUGCAUGAAAUAAUUAUAUUCUCACAAUCUUAAAAUGUAAUAAGGAAUUUGUAAAGAUGUGAUUAUAUGUAAAGGCUUAAUCCAUAAUUGUGUCAAAAAAUUUAUUUAAUUCUUAAAAAACUGUGCAACAAUGCGAAAAUAAUGGUUUGAAAUUGUCUUAUUUUUACAGAAAUAUUAAAAUAAAUGUAGGAACUUUUCAUUCUGCAAAAAGGAAAUAAUCUUUGAAGUAUAGAAUAUAGUCUAUAAUAACUGAUCAAAAGGGCUUUGGAAGGAUCUUAAAUUUAAAAAAAAUAAUGUACCUUUGAAAAUUUUAUACAUGUAUCCGGCUGUAAAUUUUGUGAGAAUAUUUAGAGGUUUGACGGCAAAACGGCAUAAAUCUCAUGAAAAUAUUGUGGAGAUAGUGCAGUUUUGUUUUCACGUCUCAUAUCGGUGUUGUGCUCUGUCAUCAGUAUUAAAAUACAGUUGUAAUUAAGUAGCGUAGUUGUAUUACAUACAUAAUAUACAUUGGAUGCAUGAACGAUUUAUCUCUUAUUGCGUGUUCAUAAGAGAUAAUACAUUGUUCUGCGGAAAUGCAUGAUAAAUAUGUGUAUGAUAGUUAUUAUUUUUUGAUGAUUAGUUUUUGAAAAAUAUAAUUUAAGAUUAUAUAUGAAACAAUACAAUAUGAUUAUGCACUGUUGUGAUUUCUGUGUGUAAAUAUGCCUGGUUACUUUGUAAAAGCCUUGAAGAAACACCGUAAAUAAGGUAACAUAUGACCUUCUUUAAGAAAUCCUUCUCAAAUUAAACAUAUUUUUGUGCUUUCUCUUUAAAAUGGACAUAGCUAGAGCUAUUCCAUGUUCUUGCCGCUGAAAGUACAUCUUAAUUACGUUACUGGUCAUAUUUACACAUAGAAUGUUGUUAUAUUAUAUUAAUACAUAAAACUAUUCGUGCUAUGUUGUUUUAGACUGUAGAAGCAGUAGAUAGCUUAUAUUUGCCAUGAUUAUGCUGCGGCAUUUGUCUCUAAAAUUUCUGGACUGGUUUCUUAAUUUUUCAGACUGGUCUCUUAAUUUUAGACUGGUUCCCAAAGUUUUUUACAUGUCUCCAAAUGUUCUGACUGGUUUUUAUUCUUCAUAUGCAAUGUCUAUUUUUUUACUGAAAGUCAUGACAUUUGGUCUCCUUGGUGCAGGUUUAUUAUUAUUAUUACAGCAUUCUCAUUUUUAGCUUGUCGUUUUUUUUAAAGUAAAUAAUUGAGGUAUUGACAUAGCAUUCGGCCUUUAAGUGUCGUUUUCGACGUUAUGUUGAACCUUGACCCUUGACUCUAUUUAAAUCUAUAUCUAAUUUGGUACACGUGAUAAUACACACAUGUACAUCAAUGUCAGUAACUCUGGCUUAAAUAACUGUAAACUCAAGUAAAGCAUUUAUUGAAGGCAUUUAAAACAGUACAGUGUUGAUGUUUAGUCUGCGGAGCACUUGUUACCUUACACAAAAUUUAUCAAAAUAGCGUCCCUUGUAUGCCUUAGACAUAGAACAGUUACUAGCAUUGAAUUUUUCUCUAAAAGGGUUGACACCAAGAACCUUCAGAAUGUAUAGUGGUUUAAUACCUGCUGGGAGUAACCCCACACUUUAUUGUUAAACACCUAUUUAAACCCUUCUGUAAGUGACCUUUCCCCUCAAUUGUGGGUAUUACACUUAAUUGUUAAUGGUUCUAAUUUCAAUGCCUUCUAGUGUCUGUUAUCAUUGACCAGAUCUCAUGAUAUUUGAAUAUUGAUCAGUCAACAUAUGAUAGGUGAAACAUUGUUUGUAUGUGACUUGAGUAUUUUACAUUAGGAUAAGUUAACUGUGACUUUCAGAGCCAAAGAAUUUGUUAUGUUAUAACCUGCCUAUUUAAGUAUUACGUGUAGUUAAUAAUUUUAGGGCUCAAUGCAAGAUGGUUGUGACUCUGCGUAAAAUUAAAAGGAGUUAGAUCGUUCUUGCGUGCUAAGCCCUCUAUUUAUGUAAGAACAAAUUGAUUUUCUGAAAUAUUCAUAUGAUUUUAUAUUUUGUACAUUUUCUGCUUUGCUAUGAGCUUUUGCUUAUUUUUGUUCUUUUAAAUUGUCGUUUAUAAGUUGUCCCGAUUAAGUAUAGAUCUGAUUUUAUUUAAUUGCAAUAAUAUGGAAGUCUUGAUAUAACACUAAAUGUUCUUUCAAUUUGUUUUUUUUUAAAGAUUCAUAUAAGAAAUUUUUAUUUCAGUAAAUGUUGAACUUUUUUUUAUUCUUAUGAAAAUCACAGUAAAAAAUAUCAAUUCUUCUGUUAAAAAUCAUUGUAAAAAAAUCGAACUCUUUCGGCAGAUAGUUAAUCGAGCUCAGAUUUAUUUUUCUUCAAAAUAUCACAGUUAAAAUCGAGCUCAUUGUGAUUUCUUCCUAAUAUUACAACAAGAUCGAGCUCCUGUUGUUAGAAAAGAUCAAGUCCAUUUUUUUUAGUUUUGAGGCAUUCGAUCAUUUGUCACCCGAAGACAUGUUGUUUUCUAUAGCAUUUUGGAAAACAAAAAGACAUAGGUUGUAUAAGACUUCCAUUGUUUUCUGUUUGUCCAUGCCAUUGAAACUGCACUCUCACAGAUUUACUGUUUUGACAAUAAAAAAAUUGUUGUCUUGGAAUGAGCAAAUUUUUGCGUCAUUAUCUGAAAACCAGUGAUAUAAGACUGCUGACAAAAGAUCAAAUUACAGUUUUUCAUAUUUAUGUUCAAACUUUCGUUUUAUGGCUUGAAGCCUUACUAACGCUUGAAAAAAAUUGCAUAAAACAUCAAUUUUUGAACAUAUAUAUGAAAAACUGUGAUGAUUUUUUGUCAGCAGUCUUAUGUCACUGGUUUCAAUGCAUUUUUGCAAAAAUUAGCUCAUUCUAAAGCAAGAAAUAAAAAAAAGUUGUCAAAACGUUCAAUCCGUGAAAUUGCAGCUUUAACAUUGCACCCCAUUUUGGUUUGUCAUUUUUGUUGCACCAUUGUUGUGAAAACAACUGUUCAAAAUUUGUUUUGUUUCUUCAAAAGAACUAUUAAAUACUGCAUUUGAUUUAUUUGUUCAUGUGUUUUUUUGUGUUAUUUUUGAUAGACUUUCUGCACUUGUUUUCGCUUUUUUAUGCACUGUUAUAUUUAUUUGACUUUACAGUAUUCUUUGUCACAUAUUUGGCUAUACAUUAUGUCACAAUGAGUUUUUUUUGUGAAAAACUGAAAAAGGAUUUUCAUAUAUACAAAGAGGUGUUUGUUACAUGCACAAAGGUGUUUUUGCUGUUUUGAAUUUAAUAGAAGUCAUUUUGCUUUAUGAAACUUUCAAUUAUGUAAUUCUCUUUAUGUUUUGUUGUAUUCACUUUUUAAUCUCAAACACUCCUUGAUAUGUUGCAAAAUGAUUAUUUUUGUUUCUGCAUUGGAGAGUAGAAGUCAAACUGUUCUAAGUGCCAUAAGAUAAAGAAGCAGUUGGAACUUUUUCACUUGUACUUCUCCGUAUAUUUUUGGUAGAUGUUUAGUUGAGGGUUUCGGAGGGUGGUGCUUGCGCUUUAUCCAUUACAAUACAUGGAAAUCAAUAAUAUCAGAUGGGUGAUGCAAUUAAGCCUAAGAACUUUUUACCUGCCUUAACAGUCUGUAUCAAAGAAGACACUCGCACUGCUUGCAUAUCCACAUUAUGGCCCAGUAGUGCGUUACUUGAUUUCAUUUAAAUGCUUGGGCCGUUAAAUUUUGAUGGCGUGAAAUUACUGAUUUCCAUGUGUCAAAUUUUUACAUGACUUGAAACUCCUGUUUCUAUCCUUCGUGCAGUUUGGUGCUAUACUUUAUCGCUGUUUUGUUUUCUUUCUUAUUCUCAUUUUCUUCAUGUUUAAUCCCAUUUGAAAUAAUUAUGUUUUAAAAACUCUACAAAAAUGUACACAUGUGAUUCAAUUUCAUAGCAAUAUUUGUCAUUGUGAACAUAUUUUCUCAUAGAAAUCGUGCUUGUUAUUUCGUCUUAUUUUGUCACAUCGUUGUUUACAUAAGUUUACUUUCAACAGGGUUUCAACCCUUCUUGUUUUGUUUCUAUGCUACGGCGAUAGAUUUUCAAACGGUUCAGAUCAGAUCUUGAAACACGUCCGAGCUCUCUACAAUAAGAAAGGGGUCAUUCUUAAGUUACUGAUGGUAAAAAUAAUAUCAUAACAUAUUUUAACUGCAUUAUUACCUAUUAAGAAUCGACUUGCCGCUUAAGAUGAGACCAGUGUAUCGUAUGCUGAAACUGAUAGUCAAAAUAAUACAGUCUUGUGACUGUGUGCGUGAAAGUCUUGGCCAGCCAUCAGCUAUACACACUAUUUACAUGUUUAGGGAACAAAUGCAUUUGUUAAUAUUCACACAAUUCCUAUAAUUCAUAACCAUUCUUGUAAAGAUAGAAAGUCUGGACAUUUGACAAUGUAAUAUUUUGUAUAAAAAAAGUGUUUAAUGGCUAUCAAUUACACUUAUUUACAUUUAAAUCUUAUUCCUAAGUUUAUUUAGUUAUGAACUUUAUCUCUCGUUUUACCAGUUCUUGCGACACAAAUGAUCCAUUUACUGUAUUUUGAUUUUUAACCAAAGAUUUUAUGUAAAGCAAAAGACACAUGGCAAAUAUUGUGAUAGAAUAUAUAUCAGUUUAUGUUUGUUCUUUUAAUUUAUGUGUUAUCAACCGGAAUCUCAAAUUUUAUUUCUUUUAAUUAUUUUAUAAAAAGGUGAUAAAGUGUAUUUUUGUAUAACAAACUCUGCUGAUAACAGAUCAGACUGAUUUUAACAUAACAUCUGGAUUUCAAUGAUCAUAUUGUUACAUUUUUCUUUGAAGGCAUUUGUGCUAUAUAUUAAAAUAUAUAUAUACAAAGUCAUUUUCUUAUUUAUUAUGUCAAAGUCUUAACAGCAUUUGAAAUGAUAGUAUUUAGAAAUUAUGUUGUUCAUUAUUAUUAUGUUAACUUAUGGUUUAUCGAUGGUAGCUGGGCUUUAGAAUGUACCUUCAGUUGACUUUUCAAAUGCCAAACACAAGCCAUCUAAUAUUGCAUAUGGAACAGAAGUAUGGGGAUUUUCAAAUUCGACGUAUUUGGAAAAGAUUCACUUUUUUCAAAUUCAUUGUUAAGACGAAUUGGAAACGAAACAUUUUUGGGGGAGGGUCUUAGUUGGAUUAUAAAGUGACAUGUAAUUCAUUAAAAUCCACUCUUAAUGGGCAUAUGAAUUAAAUUUGACCCCAGUUCAUCAGAUGAUUGUAUAUAUAUGUAUUAACAUGUAAUAUAAUCUGGAUGUUGUAAGGAUAAUAUGGUAAACUAGAGGCACUGACACAUAAUCUGCUAGAUAUGAAUAAUGCAGCUUGUCAUCUUUCCAGAAUCUAUUUAUAUACUUUCUCAAACUCAAGGUUCAUGAUAAGCCCAGUUUCCAACUUGACCAUUUAUACUGCUGUAAUGUUAUAUACAUUCAUUGAUGUCAUGUAAACAUACUGCGAUAGUUGAUACUUGUUACAUAGCAAGAAUAGUCGGCCUUUGGGAGGAUAGGAGAUAAAUGCAUAUACUUGAGAUAAAUGCUUAUUCUUGAGAUAAAUGGUAAUACUUGAGAUAAAUUGUAAUACUUCUUUUUUGACUUCUGGGCUUGUUCCUGUAGUUUUCAUUCUAUAAUGGAGAUAAAUGAUAAGACUUGAGAUAUAUGAUAAGACUUUCACAUUCAUUUUGCAAGAGAAAUAAAGAACAUUAAAAUCAUCUAGUUAACUAUGAAUGUUAUAACUCAAGGUUAAGGAAUAUUUUUCUUUUAACUGAAACUUGCAAUUAAUAUUUAAUUUUGCUUGACUUUGUAUUUAUAGGUAAUUCAAAGAUAUGACUUAUGUGCAUUGAAGUAAACCAGUGUUGAAAUUAAAACUAUGUGGUGUUGUAUCUCUUUAUAUGAUGGAAGAAACUGAGGAAAGUGGAGGCCGACUAACCUUGCUAUACAUAAACUAUUGUGUGCUUUCUUCGCUCUGUGCUAUUGGAAUUAUUUAGAGAACAAUAAAAGCUUUGAAUGGGA